CUCCUCCGGUGACGUCACUUCCGGGGCGGCCUGGGCGGGGCCGGCUAGGGCGGCUGCCCCGAGCAGUCCCGGCUGGCGCCCCCGCCGCUCGCAACCUGCCACGUCCCCAAGCAGAACCGCGGGCGCUUUCCCGCCGUCCGAGGGCCGCCGGGCCGCCGCAGGCCUGCCGCGCCCGGGUUCCCAUCUGCCAUGGAGACACAUCUUUGAACCACAGGGCGAUGUCUAUAUCUGCAAAAUGGCAAGCCUGUAUUCCUUGGGUUCUGCUGCCAAAGUUCAGCCAGAUGUGUAUAAUCAGAGUGGAACAUCUGCGUGUGUCCCACAUGUGCCACAGAGCAUGCCAUGGCUGGGAGUACUCUGCGAAGCUGCCCUUGCCUCCUGCAAAGCCAGACCUCACCCACCAGCACACAGUGCCAAGCCCACAACUCUCCAAGGAGGAAGGUGCCCCAGCCUGGGAGCAUGCCCUGAGCAGCUGACUCUGGUGAAUGUCCAGCGCUCAGCAGGUGGGCCACCUGCUUUGUGAAGAGACAGGCUCUGGAGAAGGUGCCCCGGCCAAGCAGCAGGAACUUGUUAGCAGCCUGAGAAGCAGUUGCUGGGAGCCUUGGGCAGUGCCCGGCCUUGUUCCCAGCUCACCUGCAAGAUGUGGACAGUUCUUGUGCUCAUCUGCAUUUCCUCCUUGUCCUUAUCUGAAAGCCUCCUCCAGGAUCCAGGGCCCUCAGUCCUCAAUGAGACAUCGCAUAGUUUUGCCAAUAAAAAUGCAUCUGUGAAACAAACGAUCAAAGUCUUUAAUGAAACGAAGAUGGCCAUGGUGACCACUUCUCCUGUCAUGGUGACCACAGGGAGUUUGACAGCCAACCCCAAAUCCCCCAUGGUCACAGAAGGGCACACACCCAGAACAGAUGACACCUCACCAGCUGGGGAAGGCACCCCGGACCAAGCGGCCUCCAGGGUGCCCACGCCGCCAGAGCCCACAGCCACAGGACAGACUCCGCCCUCCACUGCCGUGCUCAGCAUGGCCCAUGCCCAGGCUCCCAGCAGCAGCCCAUCGCCAAGGGUGGCCCCUCUGAUGACGCUGGCUACAAGUGCUCAGAUUGCCACCGCGGCCAUGGCAGGUGCAAGUGGCCAGACGGGGACACACAGUCCUUCUCAGCACAUGCCCGGUGACUCCACAGACAGCCCCAUGCGCCCCAAGAGUCCCCAUGCACUUACCAUGUCCACACAAGGCCCCACUGUCCAGGGGUCAACGGCUGGGCCUGUUGCUGGCACAACAAGUUGGCCAGCACCCACCCUCUCUAACACAACUACAGAGCCCACCACCACCCUCUCUGUGGCCUCUGUGUCCACGCCAGUGAUGAGCGCCACCAAGGCACAAGGCAGGGAGCCGGCUGCCAGCACAGCGCCUGCACCUGUACCUCACACCAGCCCAAACCCUGAGGUGGAUGCCAUGUCCCCCACGACACAGCCAGAUCCUGCCCCAUCUACCCAAGGGGCCGUGGGGCCAGGCACUCCCCAAGCCCCAGAGCAGGUGGAGCCUGAAGCCAGCCCAGGUACUGCUUCCACCAGGCCAACACCCGGGAGCUCAGGUGACUCUAAGAUGCCAGCCACAGACUUGUGCCCGCUCAGCACCCAAGGUCAGUACCUGGUGGUCACCACCGAGCCUCUUACCCAGUCUCUGGUGAGCAGAAGUUUCCUCCUGGCGGUGCUCUUACUCGGGGUGACACUUUUUGUCACAGUUUUGGUUUUGUUUGCCCUGCAAGCCUACGAGAGCUACAAGAAGAAGGACUACACACAGGUGGACUAUCUAAUCAAUGGGAUGUAUGCAGACUCAGAAAUGUGAGGGGGAGGCCUGCACAGCUCCAGCCCGGGAGGCUGGGCCCUUCCCUCCUUGCAUUUUGCCUCUGAGACCAAACCAAGUGCUUCCAAAUUCUUUUGGUGCAAUUUAGGAGAUAUGCCAGAUGCUUAAACACAACUAAUUGCUGUCGGAUUAAUUCCAUGAUCACUGAAGAGUUGCUGCUGCUCUCGUAUUAAUUUUUGUAAGUGAUCACAUGGAUGGGGCAGCCGGUGAUUCACCACCAACGGGCAGGUGGCCCUGGUGUGGAUCCUGACCAGAAUUAAAGCAAUGACUGCUUUCCACCCAGA